CAACAGACUAUAAAACUCCCUUUAUCUCUCUCCCAUUCACUCACUCCCCUCCUCCCAUUACCAUUCCUGGAGAGGAAGAACAAAGGAUUGCGGAGGCAGAGUAGAGGUCAGAUCCACUCCGAACGAUCUCCUCUGUUUCUAACUUCGCCGCCCCCGUCCUUUCUCGACAAUGGCGGAGCUUCCGCUUACCGGCGGGAUCACUUUCCGGGGACCGGCGGCGGACAUAGCGGCGCAAAUAGGGCUGAUGUGGGAGCUCAUCAAGGUGCCGCUGAUAGUGCCUCUGCUGAGGUUAUCUGUGUACAUUUGUGUGGCGAUGACGAUAAUGCUUUUCUGUGAGAGGCUGUAUAUGGGGAUUGUCAUCAUUCUGGUGAAAAUUUUCGGGAAAAAACCUGAUAAAAGGUACAAAUGGGAGCCAAUGCGUGAAGAUUUGGAAAACGGAAAUGCUUCCUUUCCGAUGGUCCUUAUUCAGAUCCCCAUGUUCAAUGAAAGAGAGGUAUAUAAGAUCUCCAUUGGAGCAGCAUGUAAUCUUUCUUGGCCGUCGGAUCGAAUUGUUAUUCAAGUUCUUGACGAUUCCACUGAUAUAACCAUUAAGGACAUGAUUGAAAAAGAGUGCAUAAGAUGGGCAAGCAAGGGCAUCAACAUUCGAUAUCAGAUUAGAGAAACCCGAGGUGGUUAUAAGGCGGGAGCUCUUAAGGACGGAUUAAAACGCGAUUACGUUAAGGAUUGCGAAUAUGUCGCCAUUUUCGACGCAGAUUUCCGGCCGGAACCGGAUUUUCUCCAGCGAUCCAUCCCAUUCUUGGUCCACAACCCUCAGAUUGCACUGGUCCAAGCUCGCUGGCGGUUUGUGAAUGCCAAUGAGUGUUUAUUGACAAGAAUGCAAGAGAUGUCACUGGAUUACCAUUUUACUGUGGAGCAAGAAGUUGGAUCAUCUACUCAUGCUUUCUUUGGCUUCAAUGGGACUGGUGGUAUAUGGAGGAUUGCAGCCAUAAAUGAGGCAGGCGGUUGGAAAGAUAGGACCACUGUUGAGGAUAUGGACUUGGCUGUAAGAGCAAGCCUUAAAGGCUGGAAGUUCCUCUAUUUGGGAGACCUCCAUGUUAAAAGUGAACUUCCUAGUACAUUCAAGGCUUUCCGCUUCCAGCAGCAUCGCUGGUCUUGUGGACCUGCAAACUUGUUCAGGAAAAUGGUCAUGGAAAUCGUUAGGAACAAGAGAGUGAAUGUGUGGAAGAAAUUCUAUGUGAUCUACAGCUUCUUCUUCGUUCGGAAAAUCAUAGCUCACAUGGUCACGUUUUUCUUCUUCUGUGUUGUUCUUCCAUUGACCAUUCUUGUACCUGAAGUUGAAAUACCAAAGUGGGCUGCCAUUUACAUUCCUUGUAUCAUCACAACUCUCAACUCCGUUGGCACCCCGAGGUCUAUCCAUUUGCUGUUUUACUGGAUUCUAUUUGAGAAUGUGAUGGCGUUCCAUCGAACCAAAGCUACAUUCAUUGGGCUGCUUGAAGCAAAGAGGGCUAAUGAGUGGGUAGUCACUGAAAAAUUGGGAGACACUCUCAAGAGCAAAUCAAAUGCCAAAUCUGCAACAACCAAGAAGACUAAAUCUCUGCUUGGAGAUAGGAUUCUGCCACACGAGUUGGGAUUUGCAGUUUUCCUUUUCAUCUGUGGGUGCUAUGAUUUCAUGUACGGAAAGAACCAAUACUUCAUAUACCUAUUCCUCCAAGUCAUCACCUUUACUAUUGCUGGAUUUGGCUACAUUGGCACCAUAGUUCCCUCUUAAAGUGCUAUUUACAAACACAAUCUUCAAAUGUGCCCUACACGAAAAUGUAACUAUUUGCAGUACAAUCUCAUGCAACCAUUUGAUUCAGAUAGAUACGAAAAGCAUGACAUUUUCGCGAGGCAGAAUAUCCAGGGGAAGAUUACUUUGCGCUUCUUAUGAGUUUUAUACUUGGCAAAAAUUGGUAGUGGAAAUUUGGAUGAUUAUAUUAUAGGGUUCUAGUUUUGUGACACUGAUAUAAAUUGAUUGUUCUUUUUAGUGUUUUAAGCUUGUCAAGUGGGGGAGGGGAAAUAAGGAUGAUGGCAAGAGGUGCAAACUUGUAAUCAGGCUGGCUUUCUUGUCAUUCUAGCUUUUGAAUGCUUUUGUUUUGUAUUCGUUGAUGAUAUGAUGUACCAAUACUUUAUACUAUACCUUAUGGAGUUAGAAGAAAAGUUUGUGAAGUUUAUCUGCAAUGAAGCCUCUAUUUAUCCACGUAUGGUUGAUUGAUUCUGUUAUUCA